AUGCACUCUCGCUCCCUGGUUUCUGGUCUUCCCAGGUCUCUGCCUCCCCUCCCUCCCUCGCCUGCGCCGCCCUGCAUUCCUUGCGUCGAGGGGCGGCAGCGCGCUGCUCCUCACUCCUCCUCGUUCCCUCCCACAGAGGCUCCCCUGCAGACUCUCCACCUGGACGUGUGGGGCCCAGCCCGCAGCAAGGGGGACGUCCCUGAUGUUUUGAUCCCUUGGAUCCGCACUGUUCGUCUCCAGCUCCGCGAGCGGUUCCGGUCGGACUUUCCUGUCCUGCGUCUGCACUCUGACAGAGGUGGUGAGUUCUCCUCCGACCUCUUGGCAGCCUACUAUGCGGAGCACGGCAUCCGCCAGACGUUCACGCUUCCGGCCUCUCCGCAGCUGAAUGGGGUUGCUGAGCGCCGCAUUGGCUUAGUCAUGGAGGUCGCUCGUACCUCCAUGAUCCAUGCGGCUGCCCCCCAUUUUCUGUGGCCGUUUGCGGUCCGGUACGCCGCGCAUCAGCUCAACCUCUGGCCCCGUGUCUCCUUACCGGAGACCUCGCCCACACUGCUGUGGAUGGGGAAGGUUGGCGAUGCGUCGCGUUUCCGGGUCUGGGGUGCCCGUGCCUUUGUUCGCGAUACCACCGCAGACAAGCUCUCCGCCCGCGCUGUUCCCUGCGUCUUCCUUGGCUUUGUCCCUGACGCGCCUGGUUGGCAGUUUUACCACCCCACCUCGCGCCGUGUCUUUGCGUCUCAGGACGUCACGUUCGACGAGUCGGUUCCCUUUUACCGUCUCUUCCCCUACCGCACUGCCCCGCUCCCCCCCCCACCGCUCUUCCUCGCUCCAGGUGCUCCCCAGGUAGACCCCCUCCCCGCUCCCGGUCCUGCUCCUUCAGGUGUGUCUCAGGUAGACCCUCCUCCCUUGACUGCGCCGGUUGAGGUCACUGGUGACUCAGGUCCUGCUGAGGGUGGUCCUGCUCGGGGUGCUACUUCUGGGGGUGCUGAGCCUGGGGGUGCGGAGCCUGGGGGUGCUGAGCCUGGGGGUACGGAGCCUGGGGGUGCUGAGCCUGGGGGUGCGGAGCUUGAGGGUGUGGAGCCUGGAGGUGCUGAGCCUGAGUGUGAGGGGUCUGGGGGUGCUGAGCUUGGCGGUACUGAGUCUGGGGGUGCUGCACCUGGGGGUGCUGAGGCGUCUGGCUCUGCUGCUGCUGAGAGUGCGGGCGCCGGAGGUCCUGGUGCUGGUGGCGCUGGAGCUGGAGGUUCUGGAGCUGCUGAGGGUACUGACGCUGGGGGUUCUGGAGCUGCUGAGGGUGCUGGCACUGGAGGUUCUGGAGCUGCUGGAGGUGCUGGCGCUGAGGGUGCUGGCACUGGAGGUUCUGGAGCUGUUAGAGGUGCUGACGCUGAGGGUUCUGAGUCUGCUGUUGCGCGGUCUCCUUGGAGUGGCCGCCUUCGUCCACGUGUGCCUCUCACCUCACAGCAGCUGCACGACUGGUACGGUCGCCGUCAGGGUCGCGCUUCUGGAGCUAGGGGCUCUGCUACUGGAGGUACUUCUGCUGACGUCACUGGAGCUGGGAGUGGUGCUGGUCUCGGAGGUGCUCGUACUGGGGGUACUGGAGCUACUGGGGCUGGAGGUGCUGAGCCUGCGGGUGCUGCUGCUGGGGACACUGCGGCUGGAGACCCUGGGACUGGGGGUGCCGGUUCUAGGGGUGCUGCUGCUGGUGGAGCUGGCCCUGGAGGAGCUGGCGCUGAGGGUUCUGGUGCUGCUGGAGGUGCUGGAGCUACUGGAGGUGCUGGAGCUGCUGGUGCUGGUAGCACUGCACCGACUCGAAUUUUCUUCGCUCCACCGUCUCCGUCGUCUCAGCCACCGUCUGGCUCUGCCCUUCGCCAGGUUCUUGACCUCCCGUCUUCUACUGGUCUACAGUUACUGCCUGGCUCUCCGCUGCCUGCUCCUUCUCCUUACACUGAGCAGGCAGGGGGUCUUGCUGAGCGUCGUGAGCCUGCGUCGCGUCCUGUCUCGCCUGUUCGUCCUUGUCAUACUGUUCGUCGUGUUCCUCGUCAGCGUCAGCCGGCUGUCCCCGGCACACGCCUUGUAGCCCUGCGUCGGUCCUCUCCUCCGGAGCGUACUCCUCUUCCGUCUCCCCCUGCGUCCUCUUUGCCUGACGUCGCGGACCCUGAGUCUGACCGGUUUCGUGCUGAGCACCCUACUGUCACGCGUCUGCUAGCCACUGUUGUCACUGACCCGUCGUUUGAGUCUACUGCUGCGUCUGCCCUGGUCGCUGAGCUUGUUGACUUUGCUGCUGCCUGUCGUCUAGACUUCACUGCCAGUCUUGUUGCUGAGUCUGAGUCUGUCUGUCCUCCGUCCGUCGGGGGUGAGUGUGCUCUUAGCACGGACGUCCUUGAGGACAGGCACGAGGACCUUGAGUGUCUUGCGGCUGCUGCGCCUCAUCUCAUGGCCAUGCUGCUUGCCCCUGAGGGAGACCCGGAUGCACCAGACAUCCCGACCCCGCGCUCUUACGCUGAGGCGAUCGCGGGUGAGUACUCCUCUCAGUGGCAGACAGCCAUGGACGCAGAGAUGGCAUCCUGGAAGUCCACAUGCACUUACGUCGAUGAGGUUCCCCCUCCUUGGGCGAACAUCGUCGAUGGCAUGUGGAUUUUCAGGGUGAAGCGGCCGCCGGGUUCUCCGCCUGUCUUCAAGGCUCGUUACGUUGCUAGGGGCUUCAGUCAGCGGGGGGGGGUUGACUUCUUCCAGACCUUCUCCCCCACCCCGAAGAUGACCACUCUUCGGGGCAGCCUGCACAAGGAGAUCUGGCUGCGCUGCCCACCUGGCUUCACUGGGUCGUUCCCUCCUGGUACCCAGUGGAGCCUCCGCCGGCCAGUCUACGGUCUCCGCCAGGCGCCUCGUGAGUGGCACGACACACUGAGGACUACACUUGCGGCUCUUGGGUUCGCUCCUUCGACUGCUGACCCGUCGCUGUUUUUGCGCACCGACACUUCCCUGCCGCCGUUCUACAUCCUCGUGUACGUCGACGACUUGGUCUUUGCCACUGCUGACACUGAGGCUCUCGCUCUGGUGAAGUCGGAGCUGCAGAAGAGACACACGUGCACAGACCUGGGUGAGCUGCGCAGCUACCUUGGCUUGCAGAUCACCCGGGACAGAGCACGCCGCACCAUCACCCUGACUCAGUCACACAUGGUGCAGCGGGUCCUUCAGCGCUUCGGCUUCUCCUGGUCCUCCCCACAGCCCACUCCUCUGGCUACAGGUCACUCGCUCUCAGAUCCACCUUCGGACGAGUCCGUAGAGCCGAGUGGUCCUUACCCAGAGCUAGUGGGCUGCCUCAUGUACCUGAUGACCUGCACUCGACCUGACCUCGCAUACCCUCUUGGUCUUUUGGCUCGUUACGUGGCUCCUGGCAGGCACCGAAAGGUGCACAUGGAUGCUGCCAAGAGGGUGUUGCGCUACCUGUGCUUGGAGGACGGAGGACGGAGUGAGGUGGUCCUCACUGGGCACUCAGACGCGUCUUGGGUUGACGACCAGACUACACAGCGGUCGUCACAGAGUUACACCUUCAGCCUUGGCUCUGGCUCUGUUUCUUGGCGGUCUACACGCUCGUCUUCUGUUCUCGGCUCCAGUUGUGAGGCUGAGAUCUACGCCACCGCCAUGGCUGCACAGGAGUUACGCUGA